AAAUUCUCCCAGUGGCAGGAUUAGUUUUAGUUUUUACAGAACAUAAAUGGAGCUGUGUGGAAAAACACAGAUCCAUUUGCACAUGAAAUUUAAUUAGUCAAAUUCUGCUUUAAAAAUCAGACUUUUUGGGGGGCAAAAGUGCAAAAAGAACAAUUUCUGUGAGUAAAUUGAUCAUUUUAUGAAAUCUGGAAACUUGGGAAAUAAAAUUUGGGCUCUGCUAUUGAUUCUGCUUUCAUCUUAGAACACGACUAUUAUGACAAAGAUGUUUAAACCUGAGGAUAGAAAAAGAGCAGAGAAGCCGCCUCAGAGGUUGAAUAAAAUGUUGUGUUUGUAUUAAUAGUUAAAAAACCUAUUUUGACUAUCUUUGCAGUGCAGAGCUAAUCUGAAUCCUGAGAGAGCUUUUUGCAUUUAAAUAACUGCAGCUAAAAGUUUCACGUUAUGAAAAAAUUAAAUGAAAAAUCUUAGAAAUGUUCCUUGAUAGCUUCUAAUGUGCUUUUCAGAGAAAAAAUGUAUGCUUUCUUUUUGGUUUUUUUAAAUUUUGGCUAAUCUAACUCAGAAAGUGUUCUAAUUAAAAGACAAAAGAAAUAGAUGUCAGAUAAUGGCACACUCAAUCAUGCUUAAUAUGACUGAAUUCUUAAAAAAAAAAAAAAAAAGAGAAAGAGAAAAUAAUUUAAAAACUAAACCAGUUUUGGGCCCUGUGGCAAAAUGGUAAGCAGCCAACUGUCUGCAUUCCUCCCUCUUUUUGUUGAGAGCUGGUAUCAGGGUUACUGUUACUUUUAAAAGAAAGAGAUGAAAAAAAAAACAGGUAAAAAAGGGUGAACAUGAGGUAAGAGAAAAAGAGUUGUGGUUCACGCCUCCCUUGUCUGACCACCUCCUCCUCCUCCUGUAAGUGUAAUCAACCAGAGCGGCUCGUUCAGCUGGUAACAGGGAGAGACAGCAGGUCUGAGGAGGAGUCCACUGCACACCAGCAAAGACAUGGACGUCUGAUUAGAGCUGAGCCACACUGAGCUUGUUGCUUUUUGUAGAGGAAGUGUUCUGAGGAAUACCAGACAGAUGAAGAAGAGCAAAAAUGAACAUUUUCAAAGGAAACGAUUUUAUUAGAUUGGUCUGACUUGAGGGCUUCAAACAUGGUGGGGUCCUCUUCUGGGUUUGCUUGCUGGCUGCUGCUUGUGAUUUCUAUUGGACAGAACUCUCAGGUGACUGGAGGUUGUUCAGGAAAGUGCUGCCGGGGCAGAGACUUGAGCUGCUCCACCACAGACUGGAGGAUGGACCGUUUAUACGAGACGUGCUACUGCGAUGAGAGCUGCGUCAAAACCAAGGACUGCUGCUUUGACUACUUCACAGAGUGUCCAGCUCAGGACUGUGCUGUGAGCGACUGGAGCCACUGGAGCGGCUGUGCAAAACCCUGUCAGCUUUCUGUAAGAAGCCGGGUCCGCCACAUAGAGCAGAAGCCCACUAACGGCGGCGAGCCUUGUCCCGCCCUGGAGGAAAGAGCUGGAUGCAAGGAGUACAGAGACCACAGAGGAAGUCGCUGUGGUCACAACUCAGGUCCUGCAUUCAUUACUAGCAUGGAGUUUGGGAAGGGAAGGCCCAAACGGGACAGCUAUGGAAAUCCCCUGGACCCCGGGUUCUGCAUGGAGUUUAAGCUGGAGUCCCGGACGCCUCACUGCACGCUGGAGAACCGGCCACACACACUCUGGAUGCGCUACAUAACAGAGGGUUUCAAAGUGUGCGUGGCAUGUGAACCUCCCGCUUCCCGAAACGGGAGCAUCUGUCAAGGAGACGGUCAGGAUUCAGACAAACAAGCUUCGCUCCACUGGCAGGCGGCGGGAAAUCCUCGGUGUCACGGGACUUGGAGGAAGAUCCAGAAGAUGCAGCAAUGCGACUGCCCACCUCAACACACCUUUGUCUUCAUCUGAGGGUUUAACCCCUUCAAGAAAAUAAUGAAACCUCCCAAAACAUAAAAUUAAAAUGCAACAAACAAAAAAAAUGGAAAAAGAUUUAAACAUGUUCCUAAAGUCACUUUACCACAUUUCAUUUCUGCUGCAAAAAAUUUACAAGCAUUUGCAUUAAAAACAUUUUUCAUUAAUGAUAGUAACACAAUAAGUUCCACAUGGAGCGCCCUCUGGUGGCGUCACAGCAAAAA